CAUCCCUGUCUCCUUUGACCGGCCUCACUGCUCGUGACCUCGACAACACAACAAAGCAACCCUCGACCCUUUGCUUCUUCAUCAACAUCGACCUUAAAACCUCUUCAAGGUCUUCGACGAAGUCACCUUGACAAUCUCACAACAACCGACAACUACUACAUCAACCAUGGCUGUCACCGACGGUCUCGCCAUCAAGAUCGUCAACAUCGUCGUCUUCGCGGCCUUGUUGGGAUCCAACAUCUACUCGGUCGCCGGACCCGAAGACAUCUACCGUUCAGGAAGGGAGACCUGGGUCACCCCGUCUUACUAUGCCAACUAUGUCUGGUCGCUCAUCCACCUCCUCCUCCUCUUCCUGAUGUUCUACCAAUUCACCGAACGGGGCAAACAGAUGUUCGUGGAUACCGUCCAAUGGAGGUUCGCCCUCCUCGCGGUACUGAACCAGGCGUUCGUUUGGUUGUGGUACAAGCACUGGUACAUCACCGCCUUCAUCCUCUCCCUCCUCGUCAGCGCCACCGUCUCCCAAAUCUACUACACCAUCAAAUCCUCUGAAUCCCGUGGCCAAGAGACGAUCGCCGACGAACUGCUCGUCCACACUCCCUUUUCGCUGUGGCACGGAUGGAGUUUGGUCUUGGUCGUCUUGAGCGGGUUCGAGGCGUUCGGGAGGUCGGUGCACUCUCACGGGGGACACACGGGCGCUUGGACGAAAGUAUUCGUUUUCUUCGCUUUCCUCUUCCUCGAAUCCACCGCUGCCGCCUACGCCUUCUCCUCUAGGGAAGGAGACCCCGCCGGAGCCGCCGUCAUCGCGUUCUACCUCUUUGCCGUGUUUAUGCACCAGACGGGUUCGGGGAUCCACCACGACAAGUUUGUCAAAUGGACCGCUUUGGUGUUCUUCAUCCUCAGCUUGUUUGCAAUCCUGAAGAGCGUCUACGGGACGUUCAGGAAGGGAGGAUCCUUGUUGCACGACGAGGAGAGGGCUCCUCUUAUUCAGGGUUCUUCCGACUAAGUUCCCGUCGGAUCCCCGGGGAUCUAGGCCAAUCGACCCUUUGUGUCUCGGGAAAUCAGAUUGAUUUCGAAUCGAUCCUGGCUCUUCGGACAUAGGGGUCGGAAGUUUGGUACCCUUGGAUUUCAUCUUGAACUACCACCUACAUACAUACACGACGACUCUUUUUCUCAUGUCUACUUGCAACCUUCUCACUUGCCCUUCGAACGGAAACGGACUUCACCCGCAUGGGUCCCGACUUUGCUUUUACUUUUUCUCUACCGCUAUCUGCUCGGCAAGGAUUUCAAUGUAAACGACUCGUCCACGAUGAUGAUGAUGUACGACACGAUAGGCGUGAUUGCUUGUUACUUUUAGUAGGAUAGUCUUAUCUAUUUAUUUGAUGCUUGUCUGGUCGAUGUUCGAGAUCACGAUCGUUCAUACUGUAACGGACCUGAUACGGUCUGGCGUCUUCAAUUUGUUUGUUUGCUCAUCAUACUAG